CAAUCCCAAACCAUGCACAAACCCCGCACAAACCCCGCCACAAUGAAACAGUUCACUCAGGCCGUGAUGCUUAGUGCAUUGGUCACUCUCGCGAAUAGUCAACCAACAAAUUCGGCUGUCGAUGAGACCGCUGCAGCUGACACGGAUGUGGGCAGCAGUACCUCCUUCCUACCCUGCAGCACGACUACCAAUGUUACUGCAGAGGACGCUGAUACUAGUCCCCGAGGCUACGUCAGGUAUGGCAUCGGGGUGUGUGUUACCUGGGGUUGAUUAUACUAAGGUUCGUG